AUGGCUGCGUCAAUGGUGCUUAGCGGCCACCGGCCGAGAAAGCAGUUAGCGGAGAAGGCGGCGCGAGUGAUGCAGCUGCUCGACAACGACGUGGACGAUUCGGAUCUCAAACUUUGGUCAUGCGGUAGCGCGUCGACGGGAUCUCCUGAUGGCUCCCAAUCACGCAGUCAUGGGAUAGCGCUUCGCGUCGACACACUGGGCCGACACGUCAGCACGAUUCAUCAUUCGGCGAGUACCUCGGUGUUCGAAUCGGCGCCGCUGUCGACUGUCCGCCAGAGCAGCAGCGGCGGCGGCGUGAGCGGACAAGCAACGAAGGCAAACCGACACGGCGAGAACCACCAACAUGGAGCCGCCGAUGCAACACACAAUGCGGCUGGUGCUGCUUCAUCCGCCGCCGCUCGAGCACCGCCGUUCUCGCGCCCCGGCCUUAAAUCCAGCUCGGUGAGCAGCGUGGCCGCGUCGAAUGUCCCUCCAUCCCGUCGACUGCAGCACUACGGCACGUGGCAUGGCGAGUCGCUCGAUCGCGUGCCGAUUCCGAGGGUGCACACCGUGGGCUCGGUCGUCGCCGCUCGCUCGUCGCAUCAUCUGACGCCGCGAGAAGCGCCGCGACUGCAGCUUCACCACGCAGCGACAGGCCCUGGGGGACAGCGCGCCGAGCCAGCCUCUUGCGCUCCUCAUAACCCCUCGCCGCGAUCGUCCAGCGGAACCGCCGUGAUUCACGGCACACGGAAGAGCCGAUCAGACCCUGACUUCGGCGCUGUCGACACGCGCCCCGUGCUCCAGCCGCCGCUGCGGCAGCUUUCAAGCGAUCUGGGGACGAGAGGGCCGACGAGGACGCUGAGCCGUCAGAUCCGGCGGCCAAGUGAUGAUGACGUGGCCGAGCCGUUCGUAAUGAGGAACCACCACGCGUCGCCCGUUGACCAACGCCUACCAGCAAUCGCCACGUCAGCUAAUGACAUCAACCUCUGUGGGCAGCGGUUCGCCUGGGUCUGCGAGGCACGAGAGGAGAGGCGACGACGGGCGACACAGGAGCAGCCAACAGCUGAGUUCCUUCGACUCGUGGGACGACAGCGAGCCGCUCUACGACCACCCCACUCCCCAGAUAACACCUUCCCCUCGCUCGAGGAUGGGUUUUUUCGGCUGCCAGCACGCUGCCAGCACGCUGAGAUCCAGUUGCAAGAGGAGGACUACCGUGGCGGUGAUGCCGGUGGCGCUGAUGGCGGCGGCACUCCCCCCCUGUCUCGGUGGCGCUCUCACUCUCUCGCAGAAGCGCACCGCACACACAAUCUCGACCGCUGCCCUGCGCCGUCCCAUGGCGGUGCGGGUGUGCACGUGCAGAGAGUUGAAGGGAUGGUUGGGGCGAGAGAGAAUACGCCGUGGGUGGGAGAGGAUGAGGACUGGGGCACAGUGCAGGCGGCGCCAUGGGAAGAGGACGGGGAAGGGGAGGAUGUGGAGGCAACGAGAGGGUGGCAGGGGGAUGUGGAGGGGGCUAGUUUGGAGCGUGGAGGGUUUGAGAGGCAUGGUUCCAUGCUGACGCAAGUGCAGCGUGCUGCCUUGGUCCCAGGCCUUCGAGAUGGGCCCCUUAGGUACCAAACUCGAGAGGUAGACUCCUUUCAGCAGAGCGCUGCUGCCUUUGAUUCUUUGAAGGGCAGCAAGCAACAGAGCAGGCCACCGGGGAGACCUGAUAGCCAGAGAUCCAGUGAAAAUGAUGACACAGGAGGGGUGAGGGGGAGUGAAAGCAAGGGAAGCUCCAAGAGUAGGGAGAAGCCCAAAAGCAAGCUGCAGAGAUCGCUGAGUGAAGAUGAUGAGGAGGAGGAACAGGCCAAGGUUCGCGCCGAGCCUUACAGUCAUCAGCCCUCGCCGCGCUCGUCUGGCGCACCGAAGAGCCGAUCAGACCCUCACUUCGUCGCUGUCGACACACGCCCCGUGCUCCACACACCGCAGCAGCAGCCUUCAAGCGACCUGGGGGCGAGAGGGCCGACGAGGACGCUGAGCCGUCAGAUCCGGCGCGCGCCAGAUGAUGAUGAUGACCUGGGCGAGCCGUUCGUGACGCGGAACCACCACGCGUCGCCCGUUGAUCAUAGCCGUGAACGUCGCGACACGCGCGGCCCCGCUGGGCCUGGCGCCAUCUACGAUCAGUUCCCCGCGUCCUCAACCGUGGGAAGGGCGGAUAGGGCGGAAAGAGCGGAAAGGGGAAGGCGUUGCGCUGCGGCGCAAGCCUACUCCCCGUUCGACGCCUCCUCGUCCCCCACAUCCCCUUCCGCCGCUUCCCCCCGCUUCCCCUGCUCCAUCCCCUCGCCUCGGCACAACCCGGUGACAUCGCCUGCUGCCUGUCAGCAAUCGCCACGUCAGCUACUGGCGUCAACCUCUGUGGGCAGCGGUUCGCCUGCGCCUGCCAGGGGGGAGAGGAAAGGCGGCGACGGCCGACACAGAAGCAGCCAGCAGCUCAGUUCCUGCGACUCGUGGGACAACAGCGAGCCGAUCGGCCACGACGACCCAAUGCUGCAAAUAUCGCCUUCCCCUCGGUCACAGAGGGGUUUCUCCGGCCGCCAGCAUGCAGAAUUCCAGUCAGAUUCGGAGGAGGAAGAGGACUGCCGUGACGCUGACGGCGGCGGGACUCGCCCCCUGUCUCGGUGGCGCUCUCACUCUCUCGCGGAAGAUCCGAUUGCGGAGGAUCCCACUGCGCGCCGCGUGCACACUCUCGACCGCCGCCCUGCGCCGUCCGCGUCGCUCGCUGACUGCCGCCGCCCGCGGCGCUCAUACGACGAGCGUAGCGCGCGACACACACGUGGGGGUUUGCAUGGCGGUGCGGGUGUGGACGUGCGGAGAUCGAGGGAGAAGAUUGGUGCGGGAGAGAAUGCACGGUGGAAGGGGGAAGACUCCUCAGAGAGUGGAGAGGAGGACUUGGAGGCAAUGGGAGAGUGGCAGAGGGAAGUGCGGGAGGCUGGUUUGGAGCGUGGAGAGAACGAGAGGCGUGGCCCAACACUGAAGAAAAUGCAGGGUGGGAUGGAAAGUCACCAGACCCGAGAGGCCGUCUGUGAUUCGCCGGAGGACAGGAAGCAACAGUCCAGGCCAGCGGGAAGAAAUGAGGGCUCCAUACUGUGUGGAGAUGCUGCUGCAGGGGGGGUGAAGGGCUGUGACAUUAAGGAAGUUCCCAAGAGCAAGCCUAAAAGCAAACUGCAGAGAUCACUGAGCGACGACGAUGAGGAAGACGAGCGAGCAGAAAAAGAGGUAAAAGAAAGGGAGGAGGCACGAGCUAAGCUUCUGAAAGAGAGGCGCGAAGCCACUCGCUCAGUUAAGCAACCGGUGAAGAAGGUUCUUCCACGGAAGGCGUCCAAGUAA